UUGAACUCAAUGUCUUCUUCUUUUCCUCUCUUCUUCUAUUCAUUUAUGUCAAUCAAUAAAAAGAGCACAUAGAGAUUUUGUUUUUGGAAUUAUGGUCAGGUAUACUGGUCAGCCAUUGGAGUCGAACUCGCAAGGCAGCAACCAUAACACUAAUAAAGAGAAUAGAGUAGGAGAUGAUGAAAAUGAGAGGAAGUUGAGAUGGUUAAGGUCACAAGUGAUUGGAGAUGAUUUAGAAUUUGAGACACCUUUUGGGAAACGGAAAUUAGUUUAUGCUGAUCAUACUGCUUCGGGAAGAUCUCUUCAUUACAUUGAAAAUUACAUCAUUCAAAAUGUCCUUCCAUUUUACGGAAACACACAUACAAGUGAUAGUUAUGUGGGGCAAAAGACGAGUAAAAUGGUCAAGGAAGCAACAGAGUACAUAAAGAAAGGCCUGGGCGGAAGUGUACAUGAUGCCCUGCUUUUCUGCGGAUCAGGAACCACUGCAGCAAUUAAGAGAUUACAAGAAGUAAUGGGCAUUUGGGUUCCAUCAGUCCUCCGAGAUCGAGUUAUUCAGGACCAGAUUACAGCAAAUGAAGAAAGAUGGGUAGUCUUUGUAGGGCCAUAUGAACAUCAUUCGAACAUCCUUCCGUGGCGUCAAAGUAUAGCUGAAGUUAUAGAAAUCGGAUUAGAUGAUGAUGGAUUAGUAGACAUGAAAAGUUUGAGAUUUCAGCUCGAGAAAUUUAAGCCCGAAAACCGUCCAAUGUUAGGUUCAUUCUCGGCUUGUAGUAAUGUCACUGGCAUAAUAGUCGAUACGCGUGCCAUCACUUGUCUACUUCACAACUAUGGUGCAUUUGCAUGCUUCGACUUCGCAGCAAGUGCUUCAUAUGUGGACAUCGACAUGCGGUCUGGCAAUAUUGACGGGUACGAUGCUAUCUUCUUAAGUCCGCAUAAAUUCCUUGGUGGUCCUGGGACGCCAGGAAUUCUGAUGAUGAACAAGGCCUUAUAUGAGCUGCGAUCAUCUCCCCCUUCAACUUGUGGCGGGGGAACUGUCACUUAUGUCAAUGACUUCAAUGCAAAGGAUACGAUAUACUACGAUGAUAUCGAAGGAAGAGAAGAUUCCGGUACACCACCAAUCAUUCAAAAGAUAAGAGCAUCAUUGGCAUUUUGGAUUAAAGACUACAUUGGCUACAGCGUAAUUGAAAAUAAGGAGCAGUGUUACAUAGAAAAAGCUCUAAAGAGACUCCUCCCAAAUCCAAACAUAUGGAUACUAGGGAAUACCAGAGUUAAAAGACUAUCUAUCCUUUCUUUUCUAAUUUGCCCGAAAACUACCAGAAAUACAUCUUCUGCAGUAAAUGAAAUGAAAUACCAACACACUACCACCGCAGUUGUAGAUGAAAGGAAAAGAAGCCUAUUUAUGUCAAGAGAGUCAGGGAAGCCUUUACAUGGACCUUUCGCUGCAAAGCUUCUCAACGACCUUUUCGGUAUUCAGGCUAGAGGUGGUUGUGUCUGUGCUGCACCCUACGGUAACCAUUUGCUUGGCGUGGAUGAGAAUCUUUCCCUUUCCUUUCGAGCUACCAUUCAAAAGGGUUACCUUGGUGUAAAACCUGGAUGGACAAGAAUCAGCUUCCCAUAUUACAUGUCAAAUGAAGAGUUCGAUUUCAUACUGUCAGCUCUAGAGUUCAUUUCCAUUUACGGUAAUCGGUUCCUUCCAUUGUAUAGUUUCAAUUGGAAAACAGGGGAAUGGACAUUUAGAAGAAAAUCAGUCAAAGACAGCUUAAUGCGAGACAAUCAAAACCUUGCACAAUUGAUCGACAAGUUGUCAUUAACUAGUAUGAAACCAAAUGACAACUGCAUAAGAAAGUUCGAAGACGCACACAAAUCAAAGAAUGAUUUUCAAGGGACUGAAUCUUUUACUAUGUCCUUAAACGUUGCUAAAAGCAUUGCUGAUUCUCUCUUAAAUUUCUGUCAUGAACGUAAAGUUCCGGUCGAUAUGGAUGCGAACCUUGUAUACUUUGCAAUCUAAAUAAGCAUUCACUAAAGAUGUAUGAUUAUCGGUAUUAAUUUGUGCAAUAAAAAUUAUGCAACAUAUGUGCCAAAAAAGGCUAAAACUAUAAAUAAACUAUCCAGAAUAUGUGUAUUUAAUUA